UUUCAGGAAAUAAUUAUUGUCAGCGGAGCUGGGGCAAAAUAUCGAUAAAUAAUCAACAGAUGCAAUGCAAUUUCGCAAAUUAUUCUAUCGAGAAGUGUUGCGAGCAGCAGCAGGCCUGCUUUUAGUGCCAAAAAAAUUAAAAUAUUGUUUUGGGCAUUUAUUAUUGAAAUUGCCGAUAGCUUAAUAACAAUGGCUUACAAAUAAAUAUUGCCUGUGAAGGUAAGAGUUAUUUAAAAAACACGAAAGAACGACCUUUUAUAUAUUUUGUUUGCAAAUAAUGUUAAAGUUGCGUGUCACUUUCUUAAAUUUUUGUCAAAUAUUCUAAAGAUAUCUUUGUGCUGAAGAAUUACAUAUUUUCUACAAAAUGAAUGCGCCACCAACGUUCGAAUCAUUUUUACUGUAUGAAGGUGAAAAGAAAAUCAUCAAAGAGUUGGAUACUAAAGUUACAAAUGCUGCGAUAUUCACGGUUAAUAAGGAGGAUCACACACUUGGCAAUAUGAUUAGAAAUCAACUUUUAAAGGAUCCCAACGUUCUUUUUGCUGGGUACAAAGUGCCGCAUCCAUUGGAGCACAAAUUUGUUAUAAGAAUACAAACCACUUCUGAUUACUCUCCGCAUGAAGCAUUCAUGAAUGCGAUAACCGAUUUACUAGCAGAACUUUCAUUGUUUGAGGAGCGAUUUAAAGAAGCUAUUAAAGAAAAAAGGGAAGGUGGCGAUUAAAUAUUUCGUUUCGAAAAUAAUGAAUAUUUAUGUAUGUAUUUUGUAAACACAAAAAUAUGGAUGCUCACAUCCUAAGGAAAAGUCAAACUUUCUGAUUAGACACAAUUAUUAUAUGAUGGACUUGAUUAAGAUAAUAAAAUAAAAUAAUAACAAAAAAAGCAAAA